AUGUCGAGCAAGGCUGCAUCUAAAAAGGGUGGAGCAAAAUCAAAGGACUCCAAAGGCUCCAAGGCCUCAGGCAAGGCAAAAGGCUCGAAAGGAUCAAAAGGAAAAGAAAAAUCCUCCUUACCACCAGAGGAAUUGGAGAACCUGCUAUUUGGUAGAAAACUCUAUGAAGAUGUGGAUGCAGUGUUUAUUAAAAGGUCAAAAAACAUUGCCCUCUUCUGCCAAAAAAUUCAUAUUUACGAAGUGUGGAAUCGUCUACCAGAAAUAUUCACCGACAUAAGUCCACAGGGUGACAAUGGUGGCAAGGUUGGUACUUCCAAGGCCUCCAACAAAUCCAAGGGUUCAAAAGGAUCCAAGGGAUCAAAAGCCAAGGGCUCAAACAAAUCCAAAGACAAGAAGGCUUCAAAGGGUGGGAAGAAAGGUGGAAGCAAAUCGAAGGGAUCAAAAGGCUCUGACAAAAGUGACAAACAACUCAAGGAGAGGAACUACGAUGAUCCGAUUGUGGUGGAAGAUGGACCGGAGGUGCCAGAGUACGAAAGAGCCAUGCUUGUCGGUGCUGUCGCCUUUCCCUGCUGUUUAUGCCAGAAUGGUGAUAAGAUAUUUGUUGAAGUGAAUGCUGACUUUGUCUACUGCGAUUAUGCCAAAGUACCGCCCAUUCCAGUCCCCAUUAGAUGCAAAACUCGAUGCUACAAAGACCUCUACUACAUCUAUCCCCUCAACAUUGAUCGCAUGCCACCAUUUCUCACCUUCACUCAAAAUAUGGUAGCUAAAAUUCAAAAAGACUUUCCAUCAGGAUGGUAUGUUGCACCAUUUGUCUUUGAUCUGACACGAAAACCGGAUUCCGUAAUAUUUUCUCGUCCCUACUACAUGGAACAGAAGACGGGCUUAUUUUGGACUGUACGAGCAUUCGCUGGGUCGGCGGAGCUCUGCAUUCCACUGCCUGAAAAUGAGGUAUGCAUGAGUUUCUACAAGUUCACCAUUGUUCCAGUUGCCAAGCCCUCACUUCAAAGACCCUCCAUCAGCCUUGACUACAAUCGGUGGUCAUGUUUGGAGGAUCAAGGCAGUCUAAGGCUCUCAGCCACCCUAAACAAAGACGUCUACUAUCAAGGUGAGGAGAUUGAUGUCACAGUCGCCAUUUCCAAUGAUUCUGCUCGCCACACAGUGGUGGGUAUGACGGUGUGUGUGGAGCAGACCUACAAAUUUCAUUCCGAGAUUCCACACGACAAUAGCAUACCUUUGGCAACGGCAUUUGUAAGUGCUGGAGAGAUGGGGUUGCCAGUGGGACCGAAAAACAAGGGUUGGUCAAACACCUUCACUCUCCGUCCCGUCUACGAUCCAACAAAGUACAAUCUCGUCAUGGAUGGAAGGAUGUCGCGUGACAAUAAAAUAUUCCUUGCUGAAAGCACAGUUAUUGUGCGACAGGAGUGGAUCAAGGUUGAAGAACCGCCACCGGCAGUUGUUGAAGGAGAUAAGACAAAGUCAAAAAAGGAAAGCAAAGGAAGUAAGGGUAGCAAAGGAAGUAAAGGGAAGGGCAAAGACAACAAGGCGUCAAAAUCGGCUGACAAGUCAAAAAAGUCGGAGAGCAAGGGAAAGGGAAGCAAGAAGGGCAAAGCCAAGGGUGGCAAGGCCUCAAAGGCGGCCUUUCAACCGCCUGUUGAAGUUGUGGUAAAACCUCAAGACAAGAAGGAAGAGCAGGAGGAAUGCAAAGUACCUCAAUAUGUGCAACGAAAUGUGGUGACGGAUAGACAGGAGUGUCGAAUAAUUGACGUCUCCUAUCAAGUAGUCGUCCGCCUGACUUUGGGGAAUGAGGGAGGUCAACCGAUGGUGAGGGUGCCUUUCGUGUUGACACGAAACUCUCGGUACAUUGAUCGGCUGCCUCGAAGGAUGCCACCGGUGUAUGAGAAAGCGUCAAUGCACUAA